AUGCAAAUUUUGUUAGAAAAUGUUGUUAGGGUUGCUAAUCAUGACCAUUGGAAAGUUCGAUUACAGUUCCUAGAAUUUGUUAAACUUAUACUUUUCAACUGUACAAAGCAUUUAAAUCAUUCAGUUUCAACAUUGAUGCCAUCAGUAAUGGCUUUAUAUGUUGAUGAUUGUCCUGAAAUUACUGAAAAUAUGAAAAAAUUUAUACUUGUUCUGACUACGAAAUUGCAAGAUUCUAAUUCAAUAUCAUUAAGAUCCGUUGUGGAAGAUAAUAUUUACGCAACAACCUCAAAAUUGAUAAAGUGUAAGCUUCUAGCAGAUGACAAAAUAAAAUUAUUUACUUUGCGAACUCUUCAAGGUUAUUUAUCUGUAUUAGAGUCGUCUAUAUCUUAUGUUUUAUCUUCAUUACCGCAUUUGGAAAGAAUAAUGUUGUGUUUAAUAAAUUUUAUCGAAUUUGAUACCACAGCUCUAAACAUAAUUGAAGAAAUUUCUACAUCGCAGUUUGAUGCAAAUUCUCCUAAUUUAUGGCCAAAGAAGACUUUUGUUUGUUUUCAAGAUGAUGAAAUUUUAAGAACAAUUUCAAACAUUAUUUACUUAUUGACUAAAUUUGGGCAUGCAAGGUUGCUCAUUCACUAUCUCUUAGAAAAAAUGGAAUGUAGUUCAUUGUAUAAUCUUCAAUGCGUUUAUCUCAUCGGCGAAAUUAUUAAAUCCCUUAGGCAUGAUUCAAAAUAUUCUGAACAGAAUAUUAUAUUAAUUGAUGAUGUUCUUGAUGAGUUACUUUCUCCUAAAGUUUGGGAAAUACCUUUACUUGAUGAUAAUCCUCAAAAUGCUGUGAAGAAACUUGAAUUGCCUGAAAAUUCUCUUGUAGUACCUCCGAAAUUAUAUAACAACAAUGUGUUUCAAAUUUGCUUGAUUCUUGAAGUUAUUGCUAAAUCUGCUGAAGCAUUGAAAGCUAAUUUCAAAUCCUUUUUACUUAAAUCUCUGUCAUCAGUAAUGGAAAAAGCUGGUAGCUCAAACUACAUAAUAUCACAAUCUGGCCGCCUUUGUUUAUAUAGUAUUGCACAAUUUUGUAACUAUAACUCGGUGUUUGAACUGAUAAAAGAUAAUGCUGAUUAUAUAACGAACAGUGUAACAAUUAAUUUUCAUCAUUUUCAUUAUAAACCUGAGGUAGCCCUUGUGCUUCGUGUAGCGAUGGAAGAAAGUGAUGCAGUAGGUUUGACACUUUUCAAGGAUGCAAUUUACCAAAUUUUGAAACUUGUCGACCUUAAUCAGGACAGAGCUUAUUCUUUACUCAAUAUCCUUUUUUGUACAGUAAAGUGCAUUAAGAAAUGGUUUCCUCCUAAAAAAAUGACUCAGUCUAAGAAUUCUCCUAAGAAACUUGAAGAUUUAGUUACAAUAAUGUCAGAAUAUAAAGCCCUGAAAACUGCUGAUUUUGAUUCUAUUCCAAAUGUCAAUGAAGAUUUGGAUGAUUCUUCCAAUGUUCUGUGUGAAGAAGAGGAUGAUAGCUUUCAAGCACAUAAAAAAGUUCUACCUUUGCAUAUUAACAUUGUCACUGAAAUUUUCAAACGCUGCAUUCAUUUCCAAUCUUCAAGGAAUCUGUAUCUUCGAAUGCUAGCCUUAGAAAUGGCAGAGGCUUGUGUAACUGCAUUAUCUGAUUUCGAACAUGAAUUGCACCCGUUAGUUCAUGAGUUUUGGAAUCCAUUUGUUCAAAGAUUUGCUGAAGAUACUGUUGUAGUUCUAAAAGCUUUUCAAGUGCUGUUAGUCAUUGUAGAUGAAUGUCGUGACUUUGUCCUGGUAAGAACACUUAAAGAUGUCAUGCCGAAACUCAUUAGUAUUUUGAAACAAGAGUAUAAAAAUAGCCUAAAAUCAAAUUUUAGAAACUAUCAAUGGGUAAAUGCGCACAAAUUGCAGCUUCUAGUUUUAUCAGAAAUUGGUAAUCUCUGUAGCAAGUUGAAAAUAUCAGAGAAAGAUUUAUCGUCAGUUACUGAAGUUUGUCUUCCGUAUUUAAAUAUUUCACAACCAAAAGUAUUACAAAGUGCAGCUGAAAAAACUUUAAAAUCGUUAGCAGUAAUUGAUGCUGAUGCAGUGUGGUUUUACUAUAAUGAAAUGUAUAGUGUUGAGCAAUCAGUCAAUCCUCCUCAUUCGAGCUUAAGUGUGAUAUGUUUUCCGAACAGCAGUGGUUCUGAGACUAAUAUCAGAAUGGAUUUCCCAUAACAAUUGAUGCUUGGAUUUGUUUUUGUUUUUCAUAAAUGUAUCAAAAUGCAGCUGAACUAGAAAAGAAAACAACUGGUGUUUUUUCUCUGUUAAGCUACUAUUUUGUUCAUAUAGUAUACACAGUAGACCCUCGUUUUACGCGGGGUUAAGUUCCACGGAACAUAAAUCAAAACCACGUAAAUAAAGACUUAAUAUUAGUGU